AUGUCUAAUGCGUCCUUUUUCGACUUUCACUGCCCACUCGGGGGUAAAUGGUAUGCCUGUGCCAGUGGAAGUAAUUUCGUAGGAUGCUGCACGUCGGACCCAUGCUCGAAAGGUUGCGUGCAAGGGAAUAUUCGACCCGGCGGCUACAAUAUCUCCCACCAUGGUGAAUGGCCUGAUGCAUCCUGCGGAAGUGCUAGUGACUUCUUCACAUGUAGUGCAGGCGACAGUUUCUGGGGAUGCUGCAAGACGAAUCCCUGCGCUGCAACCCCACCAGCAACAUGUGCGCAAGGAGACUUGGUACCUGCAUUCAUGGAGCGACCAGAGCAAUUCAACACAUACGUAUCACAGGAAAAAAAGGAGAACCCUUCAGAUUCAGGCAAGAGUAACACGGGCGCUAUUGUUGGUGGUGUUGUCGGAGGAGUCGUAGUCUUGGCCAUUAUCGGAAUCAUCAUCUUCAUUGUGCUCCGUAAAAGGAAGAACAAGAAGACAACAAAGGGCGACAUGGGUGCUGCCACCAUGAUGCCCAUGAUGAACAACAAUGAGAAGAACGACCACAGUGCUGCCGCAGGGCAUUACGCAGGUCAAUCACCACCUCCUACAUACUCGGCUCCAAUCCAGAAUUCUUACCAGGCCACUUCACCCGGCAAGGGACAUGAGUCGUACCAUCAGUACGCCAGCCACGCAACCGAGCCACAAGAGCUCCCUGCGGAUUCUUCCUCGUCCCAUAACAGAUUCUCUGAGCUUCCAGCCGGCGCUUCAAAUGUCAUGGACAACCGACGAUUCUCAGAACUCCCCGCAAAUGCCACAGCCCGCCCUGGCCCUUCAGAACUCGAGUCACCACACGCCACUCCAUUCGUUUCUCCACUGCCUACGCAACAAGAAUUCUCCGGCGACAUGGCGAAACGAGCUAGCCGUCAAGGGCUUGGUGUUUCGACUGGUCAACCAUGAGAAGAGUGAUUGUAAGGAGCGAUUUAGCUGGGAUUCGGUGCAUUAACAUUUAUCCGCAUUGUUCUAUUCGCGUUUGGGUGGUUUUUCAUCCUCGCAUACCCUUACUUAUUUAGCUUCCAUCUACCUGUAUAUAUACCCAGUCUAAAACAACAGAAAUAGUAAUCCCAAGAAUCCAGAAAGAUCCAUACAUAUGCACAUGUACUUAAUACUGCAACUCCUCCUUUCUACCCCCUUGAGCCUAACUAAUCCAGAAUACCCGGCUGCCGAAAAAGAGAGAGUCUUGGUA